UUCUGGAACCAUCUGGCUAAUGUCUUGAACUUACAUGAAAGUUCCCGAGAAUCUCAGAUUAAACCCUCGUCACGAAGCAAACACUUACCUCGAACUCGUGAGCGAUUCAACUCAUUCGAGUUCUCUCGCUAGCUUGCACUCGUACAGUCAAGCAUGGCAAUAAUUUCCGAUUUUCAAGAUGAGCAAGAGAACGCCAAACCUUCCUCGUCGGCGGCAAGAACGAUAUCGUUUAGUGCGACCUUGGAUCCGUCGAGCCCACUAGGAUUUGUGGAGAAAUUUUUCGACUUUCUUGCCGAAGAAAGCGACUUUCUUGAUAGGGCCUCGGCAGCGGCGGAGGUCGAAUCGGCGGUGAGGGCGGCGAAGGAGAAGAGGAGGAAGAAGAAAAAGGCGGAGGCAGAGGCCGAGGAGAGGAGGAGGAAAGAGGAGAAGGCGGCGAUGGAAGUGGAGAGGGAGGAAGAGAAGAAGGUAGUGAAGGAAGAGAAGGUAGAGGCGAUGGAGGUGGAGAAGACGGAGGAGAAGACCGGCGUAAGAGUUCCAAAUAGAGGCAAUGGCCUUGAUCUGGAGAAAUACUCCUGGACACAAACCCUGCAGGAGGUCACCGUAAAUGUUCCAGUGCCUGCUGGAACUAAAUCAAGAUUUAUUGUGUGCGAUAUAAAGAAGAACCAUCUGAAAGUUGGACUCAAGGGCCAGCCUCCUAUAAUUGAUGGGGAGCUUUAUCAGCCUAUCAAGCCUGAUGAUUGCUAUUGGAGCAUAGAGGAUCAGAAUGCCAUAUCUAUACUUUUGACCAAGCACAACCAAAUGGAGUGGUGGAAAUCUGUGGUGAAAGGUGAUCCUGAAAUCGAUACUCAGAAAGUUGAACCCGAGUCCAGCAAGCUAUCUGACCUGGAUCCAGAGACACGGCAGACUGUCGAAAAGAUGAUGUUUGAUCAGAGACAGAAGUCUAUGGGCCUCCCAAGUAGUGAUGAAAUGCAGAAACAGGAGAUUCUGAAGAAAUUCAUGGCUGAGCAUCCAGAGAUGGACUUUUCAAGGGCGAAGUUAGCAUAAAUGGGGCUGUUUCGGUUACUGAUCCUUUUUUUUGUUGAACUGUAAUUUACUGUGUCUCUUCUCAGUUAUAUGUUGGUGCUUUUUUGGUUAAUCAUGGAGUCGGAUGGUUUCUUACAAGAUGUAAAGGAAUUUGAUCUUCUUUUAGCUCUAUUGGUACAAAGAGAAUUAUGGGAUAA